AUGAAAAAUAAGGACAAAGAGAAUUCUAGGGAGGAAGGAGUCCCCUCCCUAGAAGUUGUUAAUCAAGAGAAGGAAAUUUUAAAACAAAUCCUCUUGGUUAAACAACCCUCUUUUAUCUUUCUGCGUAUAGGGACUCUUACUUGCACUGCCACAUCUAGUGGAAAUGAGACUCUACCUAAGGUGGUCAAAAUUCUUUUAAAGGAAUUUGAUGAUCUAUUUCCUCCUGAGGGUCCAAUGGGGCUUCCUCCUUUAAGAGGGAUAGAACAUCAAAUUGAUAUUGUGCUUGGGGCUAGCCUACCCAAUAGGCUAGCCUAUAGGACAAAACCCCGGGUUCAAAAGAGCUUAAGUCCUUGUGCUGUUCCAGUGUUGUUGGUCCCUAAAAAGGAUGACAAAUGGAGAAUGUGUUGUGAUAGUAGGGUCAUCAACAACAUCACUGUUAAAUAUAGACAUCCUAUCCCUAGACUUGAUGACAA